AAUGUUAACUUUCUGAUUAAUUGUUAUCUUCUUGAUUAAACUUUGAUUAAAUUAACCAUCUCAUCUGUUCAGAUAAUUAAUCUAAUUGUGAUUAAAAGUGUUAACAGUUUAAAGGUUAAUCAUUGAUUAGCCUUUUCCUUAAGUGUUUCUCAAAAUCAUCAAGUAGAUUUUAUCGUCUCCUUGGUCGCCAUUUUCAUUUUUGCUAAAAUGUUUCGUUUUUGUUUGUAAUUUAAAACCGAAAUUUUUAAACAAAUUGGUAAACAAUCAACUGGCCUUAAUUGUGGAUUGGAUUUUUCUUUUCUUUCGUAUUUUUUGUUGUUCAUAUUUCGUAUUUUUUUUACUUGUUUCCUAUAGAGUUUCAAAGGUGAUGGAUAUUCAAUGGUGGUGUUGGUAGACUUGUGGAAAUGUUGAUUCUGUUGGAGAUUAUUUGGUUGAAAAAAAUGCAGUUGAAACAAUCGACCUAAAGAAAAGGUUAAUAUCUUGUGUAAUACUUCAUGUUUACAAGUAUUGAGAAAAAUGGAGAGAGAGAGAGAGAGACAAUCAUCAAGUUAGAAGGUUAUCAAGAAAAACUAUGUUACUAUUUAAUCCAAAAUAUUACAUGAGAUGAAUUGACGUAAACUCAAGAAUGCGUAUGUGUUUUUUUUUGUAAAUAUACAUUGAAAUCUGAGUGAUGAUUUGCUAAUUGUUCAACAAUCAAAGUGAGUUGAAAAUAUUACCUUUAAUAUGUCAAAAGAUUAUUUUCUAAGGUGAAUAUCAAUAAGAAAAAUAAUCAUCUUGAUGAUCAGUAAUGAUUGUCAGAUUGAUAUGAUGUUACUCGUGAUGAUAUUCAAAAAAACGAUGAUGUAGCUGAUGAUGGUAAUCAUGGAAAGGUGAACAAUAAUUUACGUAAAUAAUCAAAAGUUUUGAUCAGUAGAAAACAAAAAAUCAACAAUCAAAAAAGGGCUUUUUAAUCAAUCCCAACAAUUAGUGUUACGAUUGUGAAAUUUUUCCCAUAUUUAAACCACAAUUAAGUUUUAAUUGUUACCAUUAUUUCCAGUUCUCAAACAGAUGAUCCAUUCAAAGGAGUUGAACAUUUAAUCGCAAUGGAGGAAUCAGCUAAACGUUGGUACGUUAUUACUCAUGGUUAUCCAGAGAUUGACCAGUCGAAAGGAAGUGACCACAAGCCUGAUAAUCGUUUACUUAUAAGUACAUUGAUAGAGAUCAGUAAUUAUAUUUCGAUGAUUAGAAUUACAAUUCUUUGUUUCACCGAUAAUGAAUUUCUUAACACUUAUUGUGGUGAUGUUUUCGUUGGCACUCCAACCCGUUUUUACAUGAAUUGUACCUGUACCUUAGGAGCUUGGCUUUUGGUCAUCUUCCGGUCAAUGAUUUACUGGUCUGACGUGUUUGAUAAAACAUCUUGGUUGACCAUUUUCUCUCAAAUAAAAGUUAAUGGUUUCAAUUCAUCGUUUUUAAGGAUAACACCUUCGGGUGCCAAUGAGAUGCGAAAUAAGAUUUACCUGGCUCGAAGAUUUUUGACCAUUGCUUGUCCACUGACCGUUUGUUUUGUUCCAGGAAUUUUAUUCUAUUCUUUUGCAACAAAUCCCAAUAGUUCACAAUAUUCAAAGAGAUUAAUAUUCUUUCAAAUCUUUUGGUCAUCUAUACUUACUCUUCAAGCGUUUCCAGUGGUCAACGCGACUUUAUGGCUUAUCACUCAUAUUUACCUGACGACCUGUUAUAGUUCACUACAAUUGGACGCUAUUAGUUUGACCAUUGAUCAACUUUUAUCAUCUUCUAAAUGGACGUUGGCCCAAUCAAAUAAGAUCGCUAUUAUUGAUACUAAGACUCGAUCAUUGGCCAAAGUCGAUCAUAUUAAUCAACGCGUUCGGUCAAUCGUCGAUUCUCAUAAUUACACCUCAGGUUAUAUCUUUAAACUGAGUGACCAAAUUAAAUAUUAUAUUGCAAUCGGUUAUUUUUAUGCUUCUUUUGGUGCUGAUUUCCUGCUUUAUUCAGCAACGGCCAUGCCAAAAGACCAUUUAUACAAUAACAUUAUCGUAACUGGACUUGGAAUUGAAAUAUUGUUUUUCGCAAUGGCGCUUAUUCUAGUCUUAUCCAAAAUUUCAGUCAAGGCAUCCUCAUCCUAUGGGAAAUAUCAUAUGAUCAUUGAAAAAGUUCAACCUGAAGUGAUGACAAAACUAAAGAUUCGAGCUGUAUUGAGUACGAUCAGUGAUACAUUCAUAGGAUUUUAUAUUGGUGAUGUUUUCGAGGCAACAAUGUUUCAAUACGUUGAGUUUAUCUUAGGAAACUGUAGCAUGAUGUUAAUGUUAAUCGGAAUCAUGAAACAAAUAACCUGAGUAAAUUGUUGGUGAUUAUUAAAUUGUCAACCAAAUUGUCCAACAAUAAAAUUGGCGAUGAAAAAAAAUGACUUUUUAAAUUGUUCAUUUUCAUUUUACUCAUGAAAUAAAAAUUGAAUUUCAAAUACAA